UAUCGACUUCUUGCUGUUGGCGAAGCAAAAAUGGCGGACCAAGCAGCGAGACAGCUUCAAUACGAAUACAAAGCGAAUUCUAAUCUCGUCUUACAAGCAGACGUCCGCUUGAUUGAAAGACGUAGUCGAGAUGAAGCGACAGGUGAAGUUAUGUCCCUUGUGGGCAAAUUGGAAGGAUCCAGGAUGGGCGACAGAGCACAACGUACGAGACCGGGAAAAGCCGAGGAACGCAAAGUCAAACGUCAGAAACGUGAUGAAGCACAGUACGAUUUUACUCGUAUGAAAGGUGUGACGUUACUUUCUGAUAAUAUGGAUCAAAUGGUUGGCAUUAUAUAUCGUCCAAAAACACAGGAAACACGACAAACAUAUGAAGUUUUAUUGAGUUUUAUUCAAGAGGCAAUUGGCGAUCAACCACGUGAUAUAUUGUGCGGUGCUGCUGAUGAAGUAUUGGCAGUAUUGAAAAAUGAUCGUCUCAAAGAGAAGGAGAAAAAACGUGAGACAGAAUCUUAUUUGGGAAAUUUGGCUGAAGAGAGAUUUGCCCUUCUUGUUAAUCUCGGUAAGAAGAUUACCGAUUUUGGCAGUGAUGAAAAAAUGCAGAGCAAUGAUGAUAAUUUAGAGAAUGGUAUUAAUGUUCAAUUUGAGGAGGGCAGCGAGGAAGAUGACGAGGAUGUUUAUGGUGAGGUGCAAGAAGGCGACGAAGAGGGCGAAGAAGGAGAGGAAGCAAAUGACGAUCGUCUUAUUCACGCAGAAAAUUUGGGUGGCGUGGAAGAAAUGAAAAAGGAAAAAUUAUUGAAUCCUUGCGAUAUUGAUGCUUAUUGGUUGCAAAGGAGAUUAAAUAGAAUAUAUAACGAGGCCCUGGUAUCACAGGCAAAGACUGCUGAGGUUUUGGAAAUUCUCAAAGACGCUGGUGACGAUCGUGAAUGUGAAAAUCAACUUGUACUCUCAUUGGGUUAUGAUUGUUUCGAUUUUAUCAAACAAUUGAAAAAACACAGACACAUGAUCGCUUAUUGUACAAUGUUGGCGUCAUCGCAAUCCGAGUCAGAGAGACAGGAUAUUCGAAAUAAAAUGAAUGAUGAUCCUGCUCUUUCGAAAAUUUUACGUCAACUUGAUAACGCUGGUAAAGGCGAUGAGGACAAUGACGAGACAAUGGAGGCGCGAGCACAACGAAAAAGAAGAGAAGAAAACGAAGACACAGGAGGACCCGGGGGUCAAGUUCAAGGCUCAAGGAAUAUGAUUGACUUGGAGGAUUUAAUUUUCACUCAGGGUAGUCAUUUUAUGGCUAAUAAACGCUGUCAAUUGCCUGAUGGAAGUUUUCGCAAACAACGAAAAGGAUAUGAGGAAGUUCAUGUACCAGCUCUAAAACCAAAACCAUUUGGUGAAAAUGAAAAACUCGUUCCGAUUGAUCAGCUACCAAAAUAUGUGCAACCAGCUUUUGAGGGUUUCAAGACAUUAAAUCGAAUUCAAAGUCGUUUACAGCACACAGCAUUGGAAAGUGAUGAGAAUCUUCUUUUGUGUGCACCAACUGGCGCCGGUAAGACAAACGUUGCAUUGCUUUGUAUGAUGAGGGAAAUUGGCAAACAUAUAAAUGCCGAUGGAUCAAUAAAUGUCGAUGAAUUCAAGAUUAUUUAUGUGGCGCCAAUGCGAUCACUCGUACAGGAAAUGGUGGGUAAUUUUGGCAAACGUCUUGAAUCAUAUAAUCUCACCGUUUCUGAAUUGACUGGCGAUCAUCAAUUGACACGUGAACAAAUUGCUGCGACUCAAGUUAUUGUUUGUACACCUGAAAAAUGGGAUAUAAUAACGCGUAAAGGUGGUGAAAAAACGUUCACAUCACUUGUGAGAUUAAUAAUUAUUGAUGAAAUUCAUUUAUUGCACGAUGAACGUGGACCAAUUUUAGAGGCACUUGUUGCAAGAACAAUAAGAAAUAUACAAACAACACAGGAGGAUGUUCGACUUGUUGGACUUUCGGCAACAUUACCAAAUUAUCAAGAUGUGGCGACAUUUUUACGAAUUAAACCCGAAACUGGAUUAUUUUAUUUUGAUAAUAGUUUUAGGCCAGUUGCACUUGAACAACAAUAUAUUGGCGUUACGGAAAAGAAAGCAUUAAAACGAUUUCAAGUAAUGAAUGAAAUUGUUUAUGAAAAAACAAUGGAGCACGCAGGACGUAAUCAAGUUUUAAUAUUUGUUCAUUCGCGUAAAGAAACGGGUAAAACGGCGCGAGCAAUUCGUGAUAUGUGUCUUGAAAAGGAUACUCUUGGACAAUUUCUUCGUGAGGGUUCGGCAUCAAUGGAAGUUUUACGAACUGAAGCAGAACAAGUGAAAAAUCAUGAAUUGAAAGAUUUAUUGCCAUAUGGAUUUGCAAUUCAUCAUGCAGGAAUGACAAGAGUUGAUCGUACACUUGUGGAGGAUUUAUUUGCCGAUAAGCAUAUACAAGUAUUAGUAUCAACUGCAACAUUAGCAUGGGGUGUAAAUUUACCAGCGCACACUGUUAUUAUUAAAGGAACACAAGUUUAUAAUCCUGAGAAAGGACGAUGGAUUGAAUUGGGAGCAUUGGAUGUUUUACAAAUGUUGGGAAGAGCCGGUCGACCACAGUACGAUACAAAAGGUGAAGGUAUUUUAAUAACAAAUCACAGUGAACUACAAUAUUAUUUGUCACUAUUGAAUCAACAAUUGCCAAUUGAAUCACAAUUGGUGAGUAAAAUGGCUGAUAUGCUUAACGCCGAAAUUGUCUUGGGUACAAUUCAAAAUAUAAGAGACGCCGUCACAUGGCUAGGAUAUACUUAUCUUUAUAUUCGAAUGUUGAGAAGUCCCUCAUUAUAUGGAAUAAGUCAUGAUAAAUUAAAAGAAGAUCCAUAUUUGGAAUUACAUCGUGCUGAUCUUAUUCAUUCGGCUGCAAUGUCAUUGGAUCGUAGUGGACUCAUUAAAUAUGAUCGGAAAUCGGGUAAUUUUCAAGCUUCUGAAUUGGGAAGAAUUGCUUCUCAUUAUUAUUGUACUCAUGAUACAAUGUUGACUUAUAAUCAAUUAUUGAAACGUACUCUCAGUGAAAUUGAAUUGUUUCGUGUAUUUUCAUUGUCGGGUGAAUUUCGUAAUAUAAAUGUACGCGAGGAGGAGAAAUUGGAAUUACAAAAAUUAAUGGAACGUGUACCAGUGCCAGUUAAAGAAAGUAUUGAGGAACCAAGCGCAAAGGUUAAUGUUCUAUUGCAAGCCUAUAUUUCCCAAUUGAAAUUAGAAGGAUUUGCAUUAAUGUCUGAUAUGAUUUAUGUAACACAAUCGGCAGCGCGUUUAAUGAGGGCAAUUUAUGAAAUUGUUCUCUUUCGCGGUUGGGCAGCAUUGGCUGAUAAAUGUUUAACACUUUGUAAAAUGAUUGAUCGUCGUAUGUGGCAAUCAAUGUCACCAUUACGACAAUUUCGUAAAAUGCCGGAGGAAAUUGUACGUAAAAUUGAAAAGAAAAAUUUCCCCUGGGAACGUUUAUAUGAUCUUGGACCAAAUGAAAUUGGUGAAUUAAUUCGUGUUCCAAAAUUAGGAAAAACGAUACAUAAAUAUAUUCAUCAAUUUCCAAAACUUGAACUUUCAACGCACAUUCAACCAAUCACAAGAUCAACAUUGAGAGUUGAAUUAACAAUAACACCUGAUUUUCAAUGGGAUGAAAAAAUACACGGUGCUUCAGAGGCAUUUUGGAUAUUAGUCGAGGAUGUUGAUUCAGAAGUUAUUUUACAUCAUGAAUAUUUUCUACUUAAAUCAAAAUAUUCCAAUGAUGAGCAUUUAAUAAAAUUUUUUGUUCCCGUAUUUGAACCAUUACCACCGCAAUAUUUUUUACGUGUUGUUUCUGAUCGUUGGAUUGGCGCUGAAACACAAUUGCCAGUUAGUUUUCGUCAUUUAAUUCUACCUGAGAAGAAUCUACCACCAACUGAAUUAUUGGAUUUACAACCAUUGCCAAUUACUGCAUUAAGAAAUCGUGAAUUUGAAUCACUAUACACAAGUCCAUAUCGACAAUUUGAUCAAUUUAAUCCAAUACAAACGCAAGUUUUUAAUGCUGUUUAUAAUUCAGAUGAUAAUGUUUUUAUUGGAGCGCCAACAGGUUCGGGUAAGACGACAAUUGCUGAAAUUGCCAUUUUUCGUCUAUUAACAAAAAAUGAACAUGGACGAUGUGUUUAUAUUGUGAGUCAGGAACCAUUGGCGGAAUUAAUUUAUUCUGAUUGGUUGGAGAAAUUUAGUCAUGGAUUGGGUAAAAAAGUUGUUCUUUUAACGGGUGAAACGGGAACUGAUUUGAAAUUAAUUGCAAAAGGACAAAUUGUGAUAACAACAGCAGAAAAAUGGGAUGUAUUGUCAAGAAGAUGGAAGCAGAGGAAAAAUGUGCAGAAUAUUCAUUUAUUUAUUGUUGAUGAAUUACAAUUGAUUGGUGGUGAGGAGGGACCAAUUUUGGAAGUUGCUUGCUCACGAGCAAGAUAUAUUUCAAGUCAAUUGGAUACACCAGCGAGAAUGAUUGCAUUAUCGGCUUCAUUGGCAGAUGCAAGGGAUGCUGCACAAUGGUUAGCUGCACCAGCAGCUGCGACAUUUAAUUUUCAUCCAUCGGUUCGUCCAAUUCCAUUGGAAUUACACGUUCAGGGAAUUAAUAUCACGCAUAAUGCUUCAAGAUUGGCAGCAAUGGCAAAACCAGUCUACAAUGCUAUUUUACGUCAUGCUCCACAUAAACCGGCAAUUAUUUUUGUACCCACACGAAGACAAGCAAGAUUAACGGCUAUUGAUUUAUUGACAUUCACGGCAGCUGAAGGACAACCGGCGAGAUUUUUUCACGCUGAAGAAUCAGAUAUUAAACCAUUUUUGGAUCGAAUGUCUGAUAAGACAUUGAAGGAGACAUUAUCGCAGGGUGUUGCUUAUUUACACGAGGGAUUAUCGGCUGAUGAUCGUCAUUUAGUGGAACAAUUAUUUGCAACUGAGGCAAUUCAAGUUGCGGUUGUUACGCGUGAUUUAUGCUGGGGUCUCUCAAUUAGUGCUCAUUUAGUUGUCAUAAUGGAUACACAAUGUUAUAAUGGACGAACUCAUGCCUAUGAGGAUUAUCCAAUUACUGAUGUUCUACAAAUGGUGGGAAGAGCAAAUAGACCUGAAUCAAGGGAUCAUGAUGCAAAGUGUGUUUUACUUUGUCAGAAUUCGAAAAAAGAUUUCUUUAAAAAAUUCCUCAACGAACCGUUACCAAUUGAAAGUCAUUUGAAUCAUCGUUUGCAUGAUCAUUUUAAUGCUGAAAUUGUUACAAAAACUAUUGAGAAUAAACAAGAUGCUGUUGAUUAUCUCACUUGGACAUUCCUCUAUAGACGACUCACGCAAAAUCCAAAUUAUUAUGGUCUUCAAGGUGUGACACAUAGACAUUUGUCGGAUUAUCUUUCGGAAUUGGUUGAGAGUACAUUGGGCGAUUUAGAACAAGCGAAAUGCGUAUCAGUUGAAGAUGAAGUUGAUACAAUUCCAUUGAAUUUGGGUAUGAUUGCUGCUUACUAUUAUAUCAAUUAUGCGACAAUUGAACUUUUCUCAUCGUCAUUGACAAGUAAGACAAAAAUUCGUAGUCUUUUGGAAAUUAUUUCCGCUGCCGCUGAAUAUGAAGCAGUACCAGUUCGUCAACGUGAGGAAAAUCUUUUGAGAAGUCUCGCUGCCCGUUUACCACACGCUCCAUCACAAUCGGAAAGAAUGGCAAAUCCACAUGUGAAAGCAUUACUUUUAUUACAGGCACAUUUAUCACGUAUUCAAUUGGGACCGGAAUUACAAAAAGAUACAGAAUUUGUUUUAGGCAAAGCAUUACGAUUAAUUCAAGCGUGCGUUGAUGUUUUAAGUUCAUCGGGAUGGUUAGCACCAGCAGUUGCUGCAAUGGAAUUGGCACAAAUGGUAACGCAAGCAAUGUGGUCGAAAGAUUCAUAUUUAAAACAAUUACCACAUUUCACACCGGAAAUAAUAAAACGUUGCACUGAGCGUGAAGUUGAAACUGUUUUUGAUAUUAUGGAAUUGGAGGAUAAUACACGUAAUCGUUUAUUACAAUUGAAUGAUUCACAAAUGACUGAUGUCGCUAAAUUUUGUAAUCGUUAUCCAAAUAUUGAUAUGUCUUAUGAUAUUCAUGAUAAAGAUCGAUUGCGUAGUGGAAGAACGGUUAAUGUUACUGUUCAAUUGGAAAGAGAGGAUGAAGUUGUUGGUCCUGUGAUUGCGCCAUUUUUCCCACAAAAACGCGAGGAAGGAUGGUGGGUUGUUAUUGGUGAACCAAAAUCAAAUUCUCUAUUGUCCAUCAAGAGAUUGACAUUACAGCAAAAGGCAAAAGUAAAAUUGGAUUUCGUUGCACCUGCCGCUGGACAAUAUUCUUAUACAUUAUAUUUUAUGAGUGACGCUUAUUUGGGAUGCGAUCAAGAAUAUCAGUUCACAAUUAGUGUCACUGAAUUUGAGUCCGAUGCCAGUUCCGCUUCCGAUUCGGAUUAGAGAGACAAUUUAAGAAAAAAAAAAAUUACUUUUUUUUUAUUUUUGUUCCAAAGGAUUUACACUUGUGUUUUUGAAUGCAAAGAGGUGAGCGAUUGAAUUUUAUAAAUGGAAUAAAAAAAAAUUUACUCGCGAUUGUGAGUAUGUUUUUUUUUUUUUUUAAAUAUAAUUUGUAUGAGUGUCAUUUAUGUUGAUGAUCAUCGACUUUAAUUUUUGUACAGAUUGAAACUACUAGUAUUAAAUGGCAAUAUAAUUAUUUUUAUAUUGUUACCAUUAGGGUUAUAAUUGAAAAUAAAAAUUAAUUAAUAAAGUCGUGGUAAUUGAUAAAUUA